AGGCUUCAACAACUCGGUGCUGAACUGCGGCCGCUGCGACAGCGCCAUGUCCGUCAGUCAGGAAUGUCAGCCCGUAUCCAUCCCGAGAGACGAUUCGUUCUUCCCAGCGACAACUGCCGACGGAAGUCCGCACUGCAUGGCCUUCGCUAGAUCUUCCCCCAUCACUGAUAAAAAAUUUGGUCCACGUCAACAGAUGAAUCAGAUUACGUCAUUUAUUGACGCGUCCAAUGUCUACGGAUCGACGAUGUGUCGCAAGGAGCAGCUGAGAGAGGGACGAGGAGGGCGCAUGCGCAUGCAGCCGAACGGAAACAGGAAGCCGCUGCUGCCGCCGCUCGCCGACGACGAGGAGGACUGCGCUGCGACGCCGAAGAGUCGCUGCUUCAUGGCGGGAGACGUGCGCGCCAACGAGCAGCCGCUGCUGGCAACGACGCAUCUCAUCUGGGUGCGACAACACAACCGACUGGUUGGCGAGCUGGCGGGACUCAACCCGCACUGGAGCGACGAAAUGUUGUACGAG